AUGGCCUCGCUGGGGAUUGUCGUCCUCCUCUUUUGCCUCGGAGAUGUUGGUGGCCAACUCUCAGAUAUCACCAAUCGGAGUGAGUUGGACCUGGAGGAAACAUUGCUGCGCCUGCUUCUGCGACUGCGUCUUGAGGAACACUUCGACACUCUGCUCAUCUACGGACAGGAGUGCGUUUUCCAUACGCUCUCCAAACGCCUGGAAGCGUCCACUGUGCUGGCGUCCUCGGGCAGCUCGGACUACGAUUGGAACUUCAGCAGCUCGACACUAAUCUUGAGCUGUGGAGCUAGUGCGGAGAGGGAGGGCAACUAUCGCACCCUGAUGAAGCUGCAAAUGAGAAGGCGUUUGCUAUACCUUACGGAAGACAUUCAGCCAGAGGAGGUCUGCCACAACUACUCUCUCAAAGAGCAAUACAACAUAGCCAUGGUGAAGGCGGACUUUGUUCAAUCAGGCAGCAUCUACACCUGUCGCUGCUUUCAAGAGCUCAACUUUGAAGAGCUGGAUCUAUUCGACCAUAAACCAAUUUUUGUGGAACAAUUCAGAAAUAUGCGCGGGGCCACAAUCAAAACUCUGGCGGAUCAAUUGGCCCCCCGAUCUAUGUCGUAUCAUGAUGAGAAGACUGGCGAGGAGAAAAUGACCGGUUUCGUGGCGAAUCUGUUGAAUAGCUUCGCCCAGAAGUUAAAUGCCAGAUUACAGCUGACUUCGGAACUUAGAUCGAAGGUCGGAAUACUUAAUUACUAUGGGAACAUAUCCAAGUGGGUGGAUGAGGAUCUUCUCGAUAUUGGAAUGUCCCUGGAUACCACUUGGAUAAGAUCGAACUUCGACACGAUGACCUAUCCGUAUGUGACGGGAAGCUUCUGCUUUAUGGUCCCACAUCCGCCCAAGGUGCCAUAUCGACAGAUAUACACGAUGAUUGUGGAUCCCCUCGUUCUGGGGAUCAUCUUCGUCCUGUUCUGCUUAUUCUCGCUCCUCCUGAUCUACAGCCAGCAGAUGUCCUGGAAAGGUCUCACCGUGGCAAACAUCCUGCUGAACGACAAGAGUCUGCGCGGCCUCCUGGGCCAGUCCUUUCCGUUUCCCCGUGACUCCAGCAAACAAAUGAAGCUUGUCUGCUUCCUGCUGUGCUUCGCGAGUGUGAUGAUGACCACCAUGUACGAGGCCUAUCUGCAGUCCUUCUUUACGAGUCCGCCGCCUGAGCCCCUGCUCCGCUCCUUCAACGAUGUGCAACACUCCCGCUAUAAGGUCGCCAUCAGCCAAGCCGAUUUGAAGUUGCUGCUGGCCUCCGGAUUUCAAGGAAUCCACCAACUGAGCGAAAAUCGCACCUGCGUCUUUGAGGACUACAACGAGUUUCUUAAUCUGCGAGAAUCCUUCAAUGCCAGCUUCAUCUUUCCGGUAACGAAUUUGCGCUGGCACACCUACGUGGAGCAGCAGAAGUUCUUUGCCGAGCCCGUCUUCUACUUCUCGGACGACAUUUGCAUCAACCGUUUCUUCUUUCUCGCUGUGCAGGUGCGCCGGCACCUGCCGUACCGCGAGCUCUUCGAGGAGCAUAUGCUGCGGCAAAAGGAGUUCGGCUUCCUCAAGUUUUGGAUAGACAGAAGCUUCUACGACAUGGUGAGGCUUCGCCUGACUCCGCUGAAGGACUUUAGCUCGCCGGAGGCCUUAUGGGAUGCCAUUUUUUUGGAGGAUAUAUCCUGGAUAAUGUCGUUGUACAUGGUUGCUAUGCUGCUUUGCUGCUUUUGCUUUGCCCUGGAGCUCUGGGUCUCCCGGUUCUGGUCGAAAUGGGGGCGAUGCAGAGCCCCGAAUUGA